GAGACGCAGCAUGUCCAGCUGGAGCCUCGCAUAAAGGGCCCUUGUGUGGCAUCAAAAGAGCUGCGAGCGGUGUCAGCCAAUCCAGCGAGGCUGAACUAAUCGCUCUCAGAGACCGAAGUUGAAGAGUAAAGAGAACAGGCGAAAUGGUGCUGCUGACGAUGAUUGUUCGCGUCGCCGACAGCCUGCCGCUGGCUGCAUCCAUGCAAGAAGACGAGCAGUCGGGGCGAGACUUACAGAAGUACCAGAAUCAAGCCAAGCAGCUCUGCAGGAAACUCACCGAUCAGAGUCCUGCGCGCUGCACUCUGGAGGCGGGAGCCAUGGCCUUCCACUACGUCAUUGAGAAAGGAGUGUGUUACUUGGUCAUUUGUGAAGCGGGAUUUCCCAAGAAACUGGCGUUCGCCUAUCUGGAGGAUCUGGAGGGAGAAUUCAGCGAACAGUACGGGACAAAAGUCCCUUCAGUCUCACGGCCGUACUCUUUUAUCGAAUUUGACACGUACAUUCAGAAAACCAAAAAGUCUUACAUCGACAGCAGAGCACGAAGAAACCUGGGCAGCAUCAAUACAGAGUUACACGACGUGCAAAGGAUCAUGGUCGCCAACAUAGAGGAAGUGCUCCAGCGCGGAGAGGCGCUAUCCGCCCUGGAUUCCAAAGCUAGCAAUCUGUCCAGCCUGUCCAAGAAGUACCGCAGCGACGCCAAGUACCUCAACACCCGCUCCACCUACGCCAAAGUGGCGGCCGGCGCCGUGAUCUUCAUCACCCUCGUCGUCUACGUGCGCUUCUGGUGGCUGUGAAUGCGCCUCCAAUCCGAGCGGAAACUCUCAGGGCCUCGCUCGCAAAAAAAAAAAACCCCGGUUUAGACGGCAGAGUCUGUCCUGGCCUUAAGACUGUGUCUGUCUGAGACACCGAACGUAGCUGUCCGUGAGGUUUCGUCGAGGUCGUCUUUCUACAGUUGUGCCCUGCUUUAUUUAAAACGGAGAUAGCGAUGCGCUCAGGAUGUUCAUAACGGAGCUAUGCAAAGUAUACGCGGCGUUUAUACGAAAUCGCAUCUGUGGCUGGAGGGGAGAGAUCAAUGCGUCUUUGUUUGGCGCCCACUAUGUCAAAUGUAACUUCUAUUUGUGAAUACGUCAAGGUGCUUUUGUAAGAACUAAGUAAAUUCAGAGUAAAUAAG